AUGGAGGGUGAGGAUUCACCGCCCAUGACGUCGGCAAAGCCGGAGGACGUAAAUGCGGCAGAGGGGGACGUCACCUUCUUGGCUGAGGGCGAAUGGGACACAUACAAGGAUGAUCCCCUCGCAGUGGAGGUGAAGGAGAAGGCUGAAAAGAAGAUCAUCGCGCUGCACGAGCGAAUCCGUGCACUCGAUGCCGAGAUGAUCGACGUCAAGGUCAAAAAUGGUAUAUUCCCUGCUGAAUUGCAGUGUUGUCCGAUUGAUACCAAUCAAUCGGCUUACAAAUUUCUUGUGCCCACCCGCGCAGAGCAUUUGUUUAUUGAAUUGGAAAGCAAAUUUGAGGCGGUAAGCGCGGAGCUCGCCGAGACCAAGGCCUCCCAGCACAAACUCGCAGACGAGCACCAAGACACAUCUGUGAGGGAGAAGCAGUUGGAGGACCGCGUGCACGACCUCGUCAAGGCCCUCGGCGAGAAGGAAGCCAAGCUGACCGAGCUCACCAAGUCCACCGAUGAGCUGCACAGCGAGCGGAGGACCAUGCUCAACUCCAUCAACGAAAAGAACUCCAGAAUCAAACUCUUGGAGGAGGAGGUACGCGCCAUGACGGAGGGCAGAGUGGACUCUGCGAGUGCGUCGUCCGAGCUCAACAUCCGAGUGCAAAGGCAGGAGGCCGAGCUGCUCUCUCUCCAGCUUAAGUCUUCGCGUCUCGAUCAAGAGAAUGCCAGCUUGAUCAAGCACAACAAGUGGCUUGAAGAGGAGCUGCAGAGCAGGUCCGAUGAGCUGCUGCAAACGCGCAAGGACAAGUCUUCGCAGUUGUUUGAGCGAGCUGCUCAAGCCGAAGAGGCCGAGGCCGAGAACAAGAUUCUCAAGGAGAGCGUCAACACGCUCCGUUCUCGCAACGUCGAGCUUGAGGCGCUUGUGGGCAAGUACAUGGACGACAUCCGAUCGGCCCAGGACGAACUUCAACUCACCAAGGAGCAAUUCGAGAGUGAGAUCAACAUCAGGAACAGGCUGGUUCAGCUUCACGAAGACAAGGCCACCGAAGCCGGCAGCAAGGCCAAGGAACUCGAGGUGGUGGUGGAGCAGGCCAAGGCCUCCAUGUCGUCCAUCAAGCAGCAGUACGAGGAGCAGCUGUCGCGAGUGCUCGAGGAAAAGCACAAGAUUGCCGACAAGUACGCCAAGGCUGCCGACGAGGUCAAGGAGCUCAAGCAGCGUCUCUCGACAAUCAACGCCUCGGUGCAGGCUGGGUCGGGCUCCCCUCUCCCUCCGGGUGCCAACCUGGCGUUGACCCUGCAGCACAAGUACGAGGAGGCCACGAAGACCACGCUGCUGCUCAAGAACGAGAACAGGCGCAUCAACAGCUACCUCAACCAGAUUCUCAAGGAGGUCGAGGAGAAGGCGCCCAUCUUCGAGGAGCAGCAGGAAGCGUACGAAAAGAUGCAGACAGAGUACACCCAGAUGUCACAGAGCUUGGAGCAAGCCAUGCGAGAGAUGGAGGUGGCCAAGGAGCAGGCCGAGGCCCUCAAGAAGGAAAACAACGACCUGGCCAAGCAGGUCCAGCAGCUUCUGGCCGAGUGCAUGGAAAAGACCGGAUAUCCUCCUCGUCCUGCGCCUCCCUCGUCGGUCAGCACCGCCUCACUGGAGAGCACCGACACCAUCAUCCCGGCCGAGCUUGUCACCUUCAAGGACAUCCAAGAGAUUCAGCAGAACAACCGUCGACUGCUUCGCGUGGUCCACAAGUUGGAGGCCGAGGUUGAUAAGAAGGUGGAGCUGAAGACCCAGGAGAAGAUGCAGGAGGUGUACAAGCGCCUGGAGCAGCUCAAGGCCGAACGGGCGCAGAUCACGGAGAAGCUUCAGGUGGUCAUGCGACAGCGCGAUAUGUUCAAGGCCAUCGCCGAUCUGCGUCAGUCUCCUGCCGCAGCCGUUCCGUCCGACCCCGCCAUCCCCGAGCCCUCGAGCAACGAGCGGCGCGCUCUCGCACACGUACUAACCGAGCACCGCUUCUUCGAAUUGAAGGCCGACGACAGUCGGAUGGACUUCAAGCCCCUCUACGAAGAUCUCCAGCACGAGUUCGACAACUACCGGAAGGAGAAGCAGAAGGACGACAGGGACUACCAGGAGCGCAUCGAUAAGCAGCGGGAGGAAAUGAGCCAGCUCCGCAGCGAAGUCGUCAAGGCCCAGUCCCGUCAGACCUUUGCCGAGCAGAGAUACGAGGAGCUGAAGCAGACCGCCGAAGGACAGACCAAUGAGCUCAAGGCACUGCGUACGCGCAAUGCCGAGUACUCGGCCUCGGUCGGUGCUCACCAGAUGCAAAUCGAGACCAUUCGUCAGGAGAUGGAGGUCGUGCAGCAGGAAUCGAGGAGGCUGCGCGAGCAAGUGGGCAUCCUGCGCGCCGAGAAGGAGGCGCUGACCAAGGCCGAAAAGCGACUGGUCGACGACAUCACCGGGCUCCGACAGGAGGUCGCCCACAACCAGUCGCUGUCCCAGAACCUCCAGAAGUUCCUGGCCGCCCGGGAGGCCAGCGAAGACGCGCUUAAGAAGAGCUCCUCCCAGGAGGUCGAGCGCCUUCGCUCCGAGCUCCAACACGCACGCAAGGUCAGGGAGGAGGACGACGAGCGUAUCAGAGACCAGCUUCGCGCGGCCGAGCUGAGCAACAGCGAGUUGAGUCAGAAGCUGUCCGAAAGGGAGAAGGAGAUGCAACAGCUGCGCGAGGCCACGAUCAAGCAUGAGGCCACUGUCCAGACGCUCAACAACCAGAUUCGCUCUCUCCAACAGCAGCUCUUGGAAAGCGAGAGAAAGGGCCAGCGUGGCGUGCUUAGACCUGCUGCCGAGGGAGCAGCCACUGGAGAGGGCAUCUCGCGCGAGGCCGAGUUAGUCAUUGCCGGGCUGCGCGAGGAGCUCAGCCAGGAGCGUGAGCACCUGGCCCACUACCGUGUCAUUGCCGACGACAGGGAAAAGGCGAUGAAGGAGCUCCAGGAGACGAACGACCAGUACCGCGCGACGAUCGAGCAGCGCCUCAAGGACACCGAGGCAGCGCUCAAGCAGUCCAAGGAGACCCUCGCCGAGCUCCACGUCAAGUACGAGGAGCAGCAGGCGGCCUUUGCCACCUACCAGGAGACCGCCGGCCAGGAGAUCGAGAACCUGCACGCCCAGGUCACCAAGGUGGAGAAGGAGAAGCGGGAGAUGCACUCGCAGCUCGAGGAGGCCCUCAGCAAGGAGCAGGCCCUGCGACAGGACCUCCAUGUGCACAAGGAAAUGUGCGCCGAGGCCCAGAACAACUACGACAGGGAGGUCAUGAUCCACGCCAACUCGCUGUCGCUCCUCUCCAAGAUCAAGGAGGACCUUUCGAAGCAGUCGCAUGCCACCCGUGAAGCGGUAGAGAAAUACGAGCAGCUGGCUUCCGCCACCAAGAUCGAAAAGGCUACCUGGGAAGAGGAACAGAAGUCCCACCAGAAGGAGCUCGACGAGCUGCAGGCCCGCGUCGCCGACCUCAAGGGCCAAAACGAGGUGCUGCACGCGCACCUCCAGUCGCUCAUGUCCAAGUCGGCGCAGAUCCAAGCCGCCGCGGGCGAGACCAUCGAGGAGCUCCGACAGCUCGUGGGCUACCUCAAGAAGGAGCGGGAGAUCGUCGAGUGCAAGCACGAGUUGGCGCACCAGGAGGCCACCAGAUAUCGCCAGCAGUGGGAGCAUGCCACUCGUGCUCUGGACGAGGUGCGAGGCAAGCUGCACGCCGAACAAGAAAGGACCGCCCAGCACCUGCGCUCUGAGGCCGAGCACAAGGACCUCGUGGGACAGAUCGGUCAGCUGAACCUGUACCGCGAGUCCAACGCCAUGCUCAGAGCGAUACUCACCUUGAAGCUGGCCACCAGGUCGGAGGUUGAGAAGCUGCAGGCCGAGGUGCGAGAGUGGAAGACCAAAUACGAUGAGCUGCAGAAGCAGGUCAACCCGCUCCUUGCCGGCAAGCGGGAGCUGGUUGCCACCAUUGACGGUCUCAAGCUCGAGAUCAAGUCUCUGGUGGAAGAGCGCGACAGGUGGAAGAAGAGGAUGGAGGACUACCAGGCCAACAUCAAGAGGAUCGACCCCGAGGAGCACAGAAAGAUCACGGAGAAGGCGCAGCAGCUGGAGGAGGAGCUCGCCACCACCAAGACACAGUUGGAGGAGGCCCAGAAGGAAUUGGCCAGGCUCAGGCAAGAGUUCGAUGAAAAGACUGUUGAGCUUCAACGGGCCGUGAACUACGGCAAGACCGCCAAACCACUUCUCGACAAGCUCAAGGCGGCACUGGACGCCCAGAAGGAGCAGACCGAGAAGAACGCACAGGCCUGUGCGGAGGCAACGACCAAACUCGAGUCGUGCCUCAAGCAGCUGGCCGAGAAGGAUAGAGCCAACGCGGAGCUGACGGCGGAGAAGGAGCAGCUGAACAAGACGCUCCACGAGAAGGACCAAAAAAUGGAGAAAAUCAAGAUUCUGCUUCGCCGCCAGAAGCAGCAGCAGCAGCUGGGCGGCGCCGGAGCUGCGGCCACUCCUCCCGCGACUCCUCCCACCUUCGUCCCUGCGCCCGAACCCGAGGCACCCGCCGCGCCCAGCUCGCCUGCGGUGCCGUUGGCCACGGCCACGGCCACGCUGACGGGCAAGCGCGGACGGCCCGAAGCGCCCGAGGCGGCGGCGGGAGCCCCGGUGCCUCCCCUGCGCGCGGCCGCGACCAACAACAAGCGAGCCCGCGUCCAGGAGGAGGCGCCCACCGCAGAGGCCUCCGCGGAGGGUUCCGUCUUCGCCACUCCGCCGCCGUCGUCCGAUGACAUGGUGCUCGAGGCCGAGAAAGAGAAACCUGCCGCCGCCGCUCCUGCCGCCGCUCCUGCUCCCGUCUACGUGGCCGCUCGCGCCCGCCCGCUCGAAGCGGUCCCCAUGGGGAACCGCCCUGGCGCACCGCCGAGCCCGACGAUGGUGGCCAAGGGUCCGGCCCAGCCCUCGACGCCUCCGACCACGGCGACGACUGGUGGUGAUACCCCGUUCCCUGCAGGCGGCCGCGGCACGCGCGGGCGUGGCAGAGGCCAGAUGCGCGGCGCAGUCGAACAGGCGCCCGCUCGGGGACGAGGAGCCGCACGCGGCGGCCGCGGUGGCAGCCCCGCCCCCGCCACUGCUGCGCCUGUGACCCCGCCGCCCGCGGCUGCAGCCACCACCCCGACGCCCACGCCGCUGUCCAGGGCCUUCGCCGCUGCCGGCAUGAAGCGGAAGGCCACCGAGGAGCCCGCCACACCGGAGGCCGAACCCGCUGCGACCACUGCUGUCGCUGCUGCGCCGGCCGUGCCUAGCGGUCCGCAGGGUCGAUGGGCGAAACGAGGCGGCCUUCGCCAGCCGCCCGCCGCUGCCGCUGCCCCGGUCUCCGCCCCGGCGCAGGUCCCAGCGGCCGCCGCCGCCGCCGAACCCGCUGCCCCGGCCCCGGCCGUCGUGGCCGCACCUGCUGCGCCUGUCGAGCCGGUUGCCCUGGCCCCGCCCGCCGCCCCCGCGCCGACGCUCGUAUCCAUCACCGACCCGUCGGUCACCAUUCCCACGCCCUCGGUCUUCAGUCUGCCGGAGACGCCCAAGCCCGCCGCCGCCGCCACCGCCGAGGCUGUACCCACGCCCGCGGCUCCGGCUCAGGUCCAGGAGGAGGCGACCGCGUUCCCGGUGCCGCCCACCUUCAGCCGAGUGGAGGCCCCUACGGCGAUGGAGACCGAGGAGGCACCGGCACCACCGAAGGUGCAGGCCGAGCCCGAGCAGACCACGGACGACGAGGGCGAGGAGGAGCAGGAGCAGGAGGAGAAACGCGACCAGGAGGAGGAGGAAGUGGAGGAGAGAGAAGAAGAAGGGGAGGAGGGAGAACGUAGUGAGGCGGAAGAAGGCAGUGGGGAGGAGGAGGAAGGAGAAGGAGAAGGCGAUGGAGGCGAGGAUGCCAGCAACAGCGAAGACGAGGACGAAGAUGAGGAUGGUGGCAGUGUCUUCUAA